UACACCACCACUAGCGGGAUAUAUGAUCUUUAUGAAGCAAAGCACGAUCUCAUCAUCUCAAAACCUAUCUUCAACUCACAAGGCAGGCACCAGCAAUGGCAACCUUUAGCUUGCUUCCCACACCCACCAUCCAAAAACACCACCACAACCUCACCCCAUCCAACAUCUCAUUCCAAGGCCUUAGACCCCUCACCAAGGCCAAAACCGCCUCCCUCUCCAAGAACACCCUCACUGCACCAAAAAGGAGCUUAGCUGUGAAAGCAGAGCUUAACCCAUCAUUGGUCAUAAGCUUGAGCACAGGGGUAUCACUCUUUUUGGGAAGGUUUGUGUUCUUUAACUUCCAAAGGGAGAACGUGGCAAAACAAGUGCCUGAGCAGAAUGGUUUGACUCAUUUUGAGGCAGGAGAUGAGCGUGCCAAGGAAUAUGUUAGCCUCCUGAAAUCAAAUGAUCCAGUUGGUUUCAACAUUGUUGAUGUCCUUGCUUGGGGAUCCAUUGGCCAUAUUGUUGCCUACUACAUCUUGGCCACAGCCAGCAAUGGCUAUGACUGGGACCCCAGCUUCCCAUGUUGCUUUUAGAUCAUAUCACCAUUUCUUUAAUCGAUUGUGCUUCACUUGUGUAAACCUUGUAUAGUGGUAGUGGUUUAUUAAAGAGGCUUCUUUCUUCUC